UUGUUUACUAGUUCAUGACAAAAAUAAAAAAUUAUCAGUAGCUACUGUAACAGUUACUCCGAAAGUGGCUCCACUUUUCCGCUCCUCUCCAACUUGUUCCACCCAGAAGGGAGAGGCAUAACUGUUACUCCGACCUGGCUCCACAUUUCCACUUCUCCCCAAUUUGUUUCACCAAUAGCCGCUCCAAGGGAGAGGCGAAGAGUUAUUCCAAUCCCUCCUCACAUGGAAAAAGGUUUUAUUUUCUGUUGAUGACACCAUAAAGAGACAAUGGUAUUAUCUCAUGGGAAUGCACACUCAGACACUGCAAAGAUGGAACAAAUAAUCACUGAAUUCUUUGCGAAAAGCCUUCACAUAAUACUCGAAUCGAGGGCAAUUUACGUGUCCUCGCGUAAUUCAUAUAGUGGUGAUCAAUCAGUUUCGUCUCCUUGUUCAUCCCCGUCUUCCUCACCGAGUGUGAGGCCGAGGGAUAAAUGGUUCAAUUUAGCACUCCGGGAGUGCCCUGCGGCGUUUGAGAAUAUUAACAAUCUCGAGUCUAUUAUUAUUGAUGUGAUUUUGGUUCAUAGGCCUUUAGACUUGGACCCUAUGAUCCCAAAAAGGGUUCUUUUUAGGAGUUCUUCAUUGAAAGAAAGAUAUCAACUUUCUGAUGGGGAAGCAUUCGGGGUUGAGGGAAACAGUGAAAGGAUUGUAGAGAGAUGGGUUGUGCAGUAUGAAAAUAGGAAGAUAAAGGAUUCUAAUUAUGGAACUAGGAGAUCAAGCAACGUUUCAUUGCAAAACUUGUAUAAGAAAUGUACUUUACUCUUGAGGUCUUUGUAUGCCACUGUUAGACUUUUACCUGCCUAUAAAAUUUUCAGAGAUCUUAAUUCAUCUGCACGGAUUCAGCCUUUUACCCUUGCUCACCGGGUAUCUUCUUUUGUGGAGCCCUUCACCCGAAAAGAAGAAUCGGAUAUGAUGCAAUUUAGGUUCACUCCUGUGGAUACUUCUUCUGGUAGGCUCUGCGUUUCGGUGAUGUAUUGCCCUUCACCCUCAGUUUUGAGCUCUGAGCCAUUACUUUCUCUGUCCCCACAAGUUAUUUCUGACUAUGUUGGAAGUCCAUUAGUGGAUCCGUUGAAGAGGUUGCCAUCACUUCCUUUGGCAGGAUUGCCUUGUCCUGGUCCUCCAUCAUUAAGGAGACAUAGUUGGAAUUUUGAUGAUUGUUAUUUUCCGAAUACAUCGCCUUCAAUUUACAAUUCUCGUUCAUCGGCAUCUAAAACACUUUUACGAUCUGAAAGUGCUCCAGUCAGGAUACCUAAUGGUGAAGUUGCUAAUUCCCCUGGAUAUUCUGAUAGACAUAAUUUGCCAUCAUCUCCUCCAUUCAGAGGUUCAAGGUGUACUUCUAAGAUCGUCAGAAGUACGAAUGUGAUGCCAACUGGUGCAAGGGAUGAGAAGGUGCUUUCACUAGGAAAAAAUGAGCCCCAGAGACAUUCAGGAGUCAGGAUAUCAACUAAUGGCUUGCGACGUAUUUCGAUUUCCAGAAGCUCCAGCAGGUCUUACCAGGAUGAUUUUGAAUAUUCUGAUUUUAGUUGCCCUUUUGAUGUGGAGUAUGAUGAUAUGGCGGAUCUAGGAAGCAGAGCAGAAUCUUUGGACCAUGGUGGGAUGGUUGAGGUACAUGAAGCUGGAGGACUCUUGCCCAUCAGAAAGUCCAAUUAUGCCGAUGUUGGAGUGCUUGUACAUAUGCUGAAGAAAGCCCCACCUCUCCAUCAAGAUUUUCACACUUCAGAACACCCACCAGUACUCUGCAGAGGGCUGCGACUAACCGCUACUCCCACCUUGAGAGUUAAUCUCACUACACCUAUUGAGAUAUCCAUACAAAAACCAAAUACAGAACGUCCAUCGCAUGGCACACGCUGUGAAACCCGCAACAACAACACUCAAGAGCUCAAUAAGAACCAAAAGGCAUCUAAGGCGGCGAGCGUAAUGUCUUCUGAGAUCAUAGAAACUAAGAAAACAACAAGUGAUGCAUUGGAAGAGUUCCAUGGUUACAGGGAGAUGAAGAAAUUGUUGUUUAUGCACGAUAGUAAUGCACAAAUAUAGUACGUAUUAUAUUACACUUAUGCUUCAGACGAGUGGCGUUCGUGCCGAAGUUAAACUAGUAAAACACACGUAGAGUUUUUUCUCCUUGAUAAAUAUGUGUAAAUAUGAUUAUUGAGUAUAUCAUUGUUUUAUGCAUGUUUGCUUCUAUAUUAAGAGAGUUGUUACCGCGUA